CUCGCCUCCCACAGUGUCCCGUCCGGGGCUUGCUCGGAGAAGCCUAAGGCGCAGCAGAGGGCUCCAAGUUGGUCUCAGGCGACCCCUGGUUCGGCGGACCCAUCUCCUGCUGGGGCCUCCAUUCCCAAAUCUCUGUGCGCUCCUCGGAGUUCUUCUCUACCUGCUGCCCCUGGAAAAGGGAUGCAUGUCAUGUUCACAGCGAAGGUACUCCCUGCAACCCAUCCCAGAGAGGAGGAUUCCAAACCGAUACUUAGGCCAGCCUAGCCCCUUUACACACCCACACCUCCUCAGACCAGGGGAGGUGACGCCAGGACUGUCCCAGGUGGAAUAUGCACUUCGCAGACACAAACUAAUGUCUCUGAUCCACAAGGAAGCACAAGGGCAAAGCAGUACAGACCACACCGUUGUACUGCUGUCCAACCCUACAUACUACAUGAGCAAUGAUAUCCCCUACAUUUUCCACCAGGACAACAAUUUCCUGUACCUGUGUGGAUUCCAAGAGCCUGAUAGCAUUCUGGUCCUUCAAAGCCUCCCUGGCAAGCAGUUACCAGCACACAAGGCCAUGCUUUUUGUGCCUCGGAGAGACCCCAGUCGAGAACUUUGGGAUGGCCCCCGAUCUGGCACUGAUGGAGCAAUAGCUCUAACUGGAGUGGACGAAGCCUAUACGCUGGAAGAAGUUCAACAUCUUGUACCGAAACUGAAAGCUGAGACACAUACACUGUGGUAUGACUGGAUGAGGCCCGCUCACACACAGCUCCACUGUGACUACAUGCAGCAACUAGCAGAGGUCAAAGCCAGAAGCAAGAACAAGGUUCGGGCUGUGCAGCAGCUGGUACAGCGCCUCAGGCUGAUCAAAUCUCCUGCAGAAAUUGAACGAAUGCAGAUUGCGGGGAAGCUGACAUCACAGGCUUUCGUAGAGACCAUGUUUGCCAGUAAAGCCCCUGUGGAGGAAGGCUUUCUUUAUGCUAAGUUUGAAUUUGAAUGCCGGGCCCGUGGUGCAGAUAUCUUAGCCUACCCACCUGUGGUUGCUGGAGGUAAUCGGUCAAACACUUUGCACUAUGUGAAGAACAAUCAACUCAUCAAGGAUGGGGAAAUGGUGCUGCUGGAUGGAGGCUGUGAGUCUUCUUGCUAUGUGAGCGACAUCACUCGUACCUGGCCUGUCAAUGGCAGGUUCACGGCACCUCAGGCAGAACUCUAUGAAGCUGUUCUAGAAGUCCAGAGAGAUUGUCUGACCCUCUGCUCCCCUGGAACAAGCUUGGAUAACAUCUACAGCAUGAUGCUGACACUGAUAGGACAGAAGCUUAAAGAGUUGGGGAUCAUGAAGAACAUUAAGGAAAAUAAUGCCUUCAAGGCUGCUCGAAAAUACUGCCCACACCACGUUGGCCAUUACCUCGGGAUGGAUGUCCACGACACUCCAGACAUGCCCCGCUCCCUCUCUCUGCAGCCUGGUAUGGUAAUCACAGUGGAGCCAGGUAUUUAUAUUCCGGAGGAUGACAAAGAUGCCCCUGAGAGGUUUCGUGGUCUUGGUGUACGAAUUGAGGAUGAUGUAGUGGUGACUGAGGACUCACCUCUCAUCCUUUCUGCAGAUUGUCCCAAAGAGAUGAAUGACAUCGAACAGAUAUGCAGUAGGGCCUCUUGACCCUCACUGCAGCCCACGUGCAGCCCACUUCGGGAGGGUGGAUGCUGGCGUCUGUGCAUGUGUGCUUUCUGGGGGUCUCUGUGUGGACAUUUAUACGCGUGUUCCGUUGGGCAGUGCAGCAGCUGUAUGAGUGUAUGUAAUUGUGUAUGUGGUCUUUUUUGUUGUAUAUAGCCAGAAAUCUGGAAAAUUGACUUUUUGGAUUGUAUGUUACUGCAGCUUAUUAACAUUAAUUCUGUAGAAUUAAUGACCCAGACAAGUUUAGUUUUAAGAUGUAAAGAAAGAUCUUGGUUACAUAUGUCCAUGAAUUCCAGUUAGUACAUGUAGAAAAUUCUCUCCUUCUCUCCAGGUCCUUCCCCUUCUGCACUUUUCCUGAGCUCCACCUAAUAUCCUAAGAUUUCUGUGUAAUGUUUAUACUUUGAGCCAGUCACCAAGGUCUUUGCCUACACUGAAAGCCACCCAUCAGUGAUUGUGGGUGGCCAGUACGUACCUUCCAUGACACCUGCCUGACUAUUCAGGAGCCCGUGUAUCUACUGGAGCCACAUGAGCCCUCAGCACACAGGUGUCCUGCAGUCCCACCAUUCAGCCACAGUCCAGAUUCCAGCAACACGAGCUAUUGAACAAAACAUUUUUGAGCUUUUCUUACUGUUUGGUUGCCUGGGACCUGGAAGGUGCUUAGAUUCUUAAUAGGGAAGAGAAAGAAAAGUAUGUAUGUGUCUGCUAUAGAUCCAGACCACUGUCCAUCUGUUCUCAAUCUAAAGAUGACUCCUUUCUCAGACAUCCAUGCUUUCUUUAUAGAUUCUUAAUGCACUGACCCUCAGAGCACGGCCUUGAAGCUACUUCCCUGGCCAAGGGCAGAUCCUCUACUUAUCCUGUUCAAGUCAGAGGAAUGGCACCCAGUAUUCAGAGAAACACCCCAGUUACCAUUCUGUGAUUUCCUCUAGUGCCGAUAAAAAAAAAAUAUGGAUCCUACCCAGUACCUGUGAUCCUUUCCUUCCUUGGACGUUAGCUUUGGAAGGGCAAUGGUAAAGACUCAUGUUUCCCUCAAUGCAGCAUUGGAUGCAAUUAUAUAAAACUCAGUUUGCAAAGUAAACAGGGUUAGACUACUGCAGAUGGUUUAUCUGGGAGCUUCGGUCAUAGGGGGAAGCUUUAACAACUAGUGUGUUCACCUCGUUUAAAUCUGAAUACGAGCCCAAGAUGUAUAAAACAUGCUGAUUAUUAGAACGUAAAUCCAAAGAUUUUUAAGAAAGUAUUUGCCUUAGGGAAGGACAGGCUACAAGAGUAAUACUCCUUGCAGUGCUAGAGGUUUGCCCAUUGUGAGAAAAAACCAAGGUACAGAGCCCAAAGCAGACAGGCAGUGACUUCAUCAGGAGACAAAGUAAUGUUACGAACCAAAGUGAUACAAAUUGUGUCCUGACAGUGCUCACCCACAGGUGCUUGGCUUUGCUCAGUAGCUGUGAGGAUGGACGGCUGCACAGCUGGAGUCACCAUCCCUGUGUCUGCCCUCCUCACCCCCUCCAACUUCUCAGCCCUGUGCUUGUUGUCUUCUAAAAGAAGGGGACUAAAAAGAAAUCCAUAACUCUGACUUCUCACUCCCUGGGCCUGUGUGGCCACAACAACCUUUUUCUUUAAUUGGGUUCCCUUUGUUCACUUACAGUCGUGGAAUAAGGAAUUUCCUUUUCAUCCUAUAAAGCAUUUUCUGUAGUGAAAUGAUUUUCUAGCUAAAAGCUUAGGUGGCUUUUAUGAAUAGCAGCCUACUUGGACAUGAAACAGACUUCUUCUGGCUGGAUUCCUGGCAAGUUCUACAGAAUUCUUCUGGAUUUACAGUCCCUGACCGAGGCAUGUUGUCCUCUGAGUCCCCGAUUAACCACAGCAGCUAACAUUUGCAUCAGACUAUCAGAACUUUCAAGAAAUGACACAGUGAACGUCUCAGAACGGUGGUUUAGGCACUGUCUGAUCUGUUCAGGAUUGGUUGAGCAGAUAAUUGGGCACAGUGCCGGAAUCGUGUUCGUCCUUAGCGUUACCACAGACAUGCCUCACAUUUCCCUCCAGAUUUCAGUAUGAUAAACACUUCAUGUACACACCAGGCUCUCCUAACGAAAAUGCUUCAGAUAUUACACUGGAAUUUUUCUCCCUGAAUUGAAGACAUACAGCUGAAAUACGAACAAUAAUCUAAAUGAAAGAAGUAUAUCUAGAUGGCCUCUGCUGCAUACUUUUAUGGUUUUAUUUCAGGAAUUGCUGUUUUUCUCUAUAAUUAAGAAACUGGGACUGUGUUUUUUUUUUUUUUUUUUUUUUUGAAACACACCAGUAGAAAUAGAAUAAUAACUCUCCUCUUCCCAUAGUCAUACCCAAGUUAGGAAGGUACUUCUGAUGGUGACUUAAAGUUCUCUUUGUCUUCUUUCAGAAUGUUGUUAUCUUUUCAUUAACUUUUGUAAGGUCAGAAAAGGAAAACUCCUACUAUAGACAUUACGUGUUAAUUGGGUUUAAGAGCCAUAAAAUAAGUUAAAUCCCCAGAUAAAGGGAUUGUAACUCAUUAAAAUCGAAAAAUUGGGCUUUGUUAUGUUUUUCAAAACAUACAUAACCAACAUCCUCCUUAGCUUUCUUAAUAAUAGAAAGAUUGCAAAUAGGAUGAGUGCUGCCUCUCCCUGUCCUGUGUCCAUGUCAGAUCACAGUCCAGCACAGUGGCUGUUCCACCAGCCCAGCUGUGACCUCAGAGUCCUUUAUAACACAGUGUUUCCAGUAACUGCUGUCGAUAAAACAAGAGUUGGGAUUUGGGUUAGACCUUGUCUGCCAUCCCUUAACUGGCAUAUGGUCAAUGAUAAUGUAACUUAUUUGUGUGUGUAUGUUAGAAACUAAGCGAGGGCCCAGAGUGGUGGCAGCAUAAAGGAUCCUGCUUGGAAGAGGUUUUUACCGUGUGGUGGGGUUUUUUUGGUUUUUUGUUUUUUAAUUUUAGUUUCUGGAAGUGGGAUCUGUAGUCCCAAAAUUUAAGCUGAUACUGUUAAGUUUUAAGCCUGAACAAAUAUACUUCAAGCUGAAGUGUUUAAUAAUCCUAAUAUGAGAAGGUGAAUGCAUCAUUAAACUCUAAUGGUAGAGCAGAAUUCCAUUGUCACAAAGCACGUGGGUCUUCCUGGCUGCUCUCGCCUCUGCCUGUGUGUCACUGAGGAACUUGGGGUUAGCAUCAGUAUUAUUCAGAUCAGGGGUACCCUCUGAAACCAAGGCCUCUUGGGGUGUGCUUCAUGAGAAGCUGCGAGAACUGCAAUCUUUGUGAGCAUUUCUUAAUGCUUUGUAUGACUUUUGUGCAAUUAUAUAAGUUCAAUUUGGACAAAAUGCUGUUACUUUUUAAGGCCCUGUUGACUGAAAAUAGAUCUGUCAUUCCCCAACAUGGGAAGAGCAUUUGUUACUGUCAUUUUAAAAAUAAACUGUAAAACAGUGUAA